UGAUGCAUCGGGGUGGGGGAGGGGUGCAUUGAUUUAACUGUCAGUGAAAAUGACCCAGCCAUUAACCCAGUGGUUGGGUUACACAAAUCUACCCAAAAACUGUCUAGAGAUUGAGAAAAUUAUCUAAUUAAAUGCUUAAUGUAUUCCACCCUUUGACAGGUGCCAAUAUUCAUUUCACCUGUCAGUGGUUUUAAUGUUAUGGCUGAUCGGUGUAUGUACCCAGAAUUGAGCCACGGUGACAGCCUAUGGGUUUUCCCAGACCACAUCACAUACUAUAACUUCUGUCAGUCUUCCUCAUUAUUCUCAUAAAGGUAAUCCUUUUCAUACUUUUGGUAAAAUAGAUUAUGUUUGGAAUGUUGUCUUUUCCGGUCAUGUUCCUAUGUUAGAUGUUACAUCAUUUACACCAAUCUAGUUAUAAUUUAAAUAAUAUCACGUGAGAGAAAUGGAUCCUAGGUCUUGUGACCGUGUUUGGUUUUGAAAAGUGGAAAUAGCGAUUACUGGCAUUGUACAGUCUUUAUCCACAUCCUCAAAUAUAAGUGAAUUCAACUCAGCUCAUACAGUUACCCUUGCUUACUCAGUGGAACCGAAAACCCCCAGGUGUAACUUCCGCCUACCUGCGUUACUGAAUAACCCAGUGUAGAUUUGCUACAGCUCUGACCACCAUCAAUUUUAUAGUUUGCCUCUCCUAAAAGCUUGAAUUCUUCUUAAGUUCUGUACUUCCUAUAUUCUCAUGCAUUCAUGCAUUUUCUCUCUGAAACCAACCAACUAAGUGAAGGCUUGAGCUCGCAGAGUUGUCUCAUAGCAUUUUAAAGACUUAAGUUCAGACUAAAAAUAUGUCAUGUCAACCCAUGUACACCCACACAUUUAGAAGACAGGAAACCCAAUCUUGCAAGUCUAUAAGAGAAUCGGAAGUGGGGACGAGCAUUUAUGAGUUUGUAUGAGAGUUUGUGUGUAUGGCCUUUGGCAGCCACUAGCUGCAUGUCCGCCUCCCUGCCUGGCCUCAUCUCUAGCAAUACUCACGCAAGUUUCACACAUGCUAAUAUUAUGAGGAACAGAAACUAACUGACAAUAAGCACAAUGUACAGUUUUGCUUACUGGCAGCUGAACUAAGGAAGAUAUCUAAGGCAUGCUGGAUUUGGAUUAGACAUUGCUGUUUCAUCCAGGGUUGGAAGCCUUUUGAGUUGCAGUAUGACUCAUAACUUUCAUGUUGUGUGGUACCACAUUUAAGUGUCAGUCUGAUGGAGAAAACAGCAGGUGGUGUAUCUUCAGAUGUAGAGUCGAGCCUCUAUCAACGUGUUCAUGCCAUGCUCAGAGAACUGGAUACACACUCACAAGCUGUCUCAGCAUGCAAUAAAGGUAUGCUAAGAUGGACCCUGCAUAAAAAGGUCGAGAAUAAUCCCUCGACUAGCCUCUUUCUACUGAGGGUUCUUAUUAAGGAGCUUGAAAAGGCAGAGAGGAUUGACUGUAAAAUUCGCAUCAUUCCUUUGCUGCACACUCUGGCCUAUGUAGUAAUACAGUCUGCUUACAUUCCAGACGAACUGUGUGAAAGGAUAUAUGUAUGCCUAAAACGUCUGGUUACACUACCGGAGCCUUACUGCACUGUGGGCCUUAACUAUGCUAAACACAUGAAAAUAGAACAGAACAUUCCAGGUGCGCUGUAUCAGAGAAGAGUCAUUGCUGAGCACAGCCUAAAGAAUGAACAUUAUCCUGUUCGUGAGAGAGUGUUGGUGUUUGCGGAUCCAGCCGUGUUUCCUGAGACACUGUUAAAUGCAGUGAGGGCUGAUGUUGAGUGUGGGGCUUUGGACUGGGACACACUGACCCCUCAGCGGCGGGUUAUACUACACACACUACAAGCUGGACUGGGGAAAGCGUGCUACGGGAGACAACUUAAACAAGCCCUGGAGGAUUUUGGUGAAGACAUGGAAAAAUACUUCCAGGAUGUUGUUGCCACUGUAGAGGAAAGAAUAAUGGACGGAGGUUCAGAAUGUGACCAGUACAACACAAGAUUACAGCAACUCUAUGAUGAAAUCAUUUGCUCUGCUAGCACAGAGCAAUCAUGUCCUGCCAGUCUGGUUGGAACUCCACUACCCAGUCCGGAGGUUAGCUUCCAUGUCUGGACCAAAGAAGAUGAUAUAUGGAACGAGAUGAUAAACUUCACUCUAAUGCUGAGCUCUUCGCAUCGGAACUCUGCAUGUCUCGAAGAAGAUAAAGACACCAAGCAUGCUUCCUUCAUCUCCACCAUAUCCAUAGACAGUGGCAUAGAGGGAGAUUUGCCUUUAAACGAGUUCUCCUUUCUGAUGGUUGAGCCCUCUGGUGGGCUGGAGGUCCAGGAACAGCAGAAGAGUUUACCGUUUUCCAGGAGGCCUUGCGUGAGGUGGCCAAAGGCUGGGAACAGAACGACUAUAAUGAUGGAGGCCAUUAAGGAAAGUGGAGGAACAGGGGGAAGUGGAAAUUCUAUUCUUAAAGAUGAGAGGAACUUCACUGCUCGUGUUGUGAUCAUGGGUGAUGACAGCACUCUUGGUAGGCUGGCCAAGGCUUAUCACAGUAUACGGAAAAAGGAGAUGCGGAAUUUAUUUCUGACAAAGAGAGUCAACUUGGAAAUAUACUAUAUUCCUGUCACUAGCCAGUCCAAUACAGCUUCAUCAGUCCAGGAUGUUUCCAUUCAGGAAAACGCUACAGCAGAUGUAGACAGGCUUACAGUUGCAGCAUCCUUGGGUGGUGUGGAUCCAUGGUAUGACUCCAACAUUAACAGUCUGGGAGCCAUGAUCCUGAAACUAGCUGAAACGCACUCCAGUGUGGUUGGGUCUUCAGAGCCCAACUCCUUUCUUUUGGACAUCAUCUCAUACUACACACGCACAGCACAGCAGCCUGUCCACAUCCCCAUCUACUCUGUUAAGAUUUCCUUCUCUGGUUUAGUUUCUAAAGUUGUGGAGGAGGUGUUUGUGUGUCAGCUUACCAUGGACUUUCCUGGAUUAAAACCUCUGAGAGUUACAUUUAAAGACACAAUCAGGGGAUCAGUACGGUAUAAGAAAAACAUGCAAGACGAGUAUGGUGUAGUUGUGGCUGUCAACUACAGAAAGGCCUCCAUAAGCAAUCGAGAAGUGGACAGAGGAAUGUCUUUAAUAAUGUGCGGGAUGUCCAUCCGUGCAGAUCCGCCUAGUGGAACCAAAAGUCUUGAAAGUCUCAGUGUAGAUUUCCGCGAUGCAAAUCCUACCAGAGCUCCUAUGCCUACCCUUAGAGUGACCAACAUUUGCAUCAGAGCCCUGCAAGAGAAAACAUUUACUGUAUGCCUGGACAAAGACUCGUGUAGGACCUUCAAACAUGUCCAGAGCAUAGAGGUGUCUCCGUGCACAGACCCUGGAUACUCACUUCAGAAGAGCAAGUCUAAACACAGUCUGAUGGAGGACGACUCGGGACUGAGCAAAUUUCUGAGCAAGACUUUCUCUUUACCCAUCAACACCUUCUCUGGAGCUUCUCAGUGACAAUAAUGCAACAAUCAUGCACACUCCUGCUACUGAUCAUGAACUCUACAGAUUGAAAUUACAUACCUCUAUGCAUGUGUCUAUGUCUGUGUAUUUGGCAUCUCACCCAAUACAGGCAGGUAAAAACACAAGUAAAGUACAACAGUUUUUUUUGUUAUUGCUAUUCUGAUUGUGUGUCAGAUUGUGAAUACCUCUGUAUGAUGUCUUUUUGAUUAUUUAAAUAGUCUUAUCCCAAUAUGGUUUUGUGUCAAUCACUUCUAUAGAUAAUCCAGAUACAGCCUUUAAUUUAUUAAUAAUUUCUGCUGUAAAAGUAUAUCUAAAUACUACAUGUUUAGAAGAUAGUAAGUAUUCACAGUAAGUCGGUAUUAGGGUGCAUCUUUACUCAUUUCCUAUUCUCCUUCAUCUAAUUCACAAAUUAGACAAGGAAGAGAAAGAAAGAAAACAAGCACCAUAUGCAUGAAAUCACUGAGAUAAAAGAACACACAAAAAAAUAUUUAUAUAAAAGAAAUAUUUAGACACUUCGGCUGUAAGUAAAACUCACGUAAGCGAUAUACACACAAAUUUUAUUUAUUAGUCAGUUUGAUGUAGGGUAGAUUUGCUAAUACAUGUGGAAAUAUUUAUUUUUCAUAACCAAAGAUAGAUGUCAUUUACAUCUUACACUCUGAUGCCAUUCUGUUGAUAUAAUAUCAGAUGGGUGACAAGUCAGAGGGAAAAACAUCAUCUUAGUAAGCAGCUGGCCCUCCAUGAAUCACCAAAACAGCUUUAGUGUGCCUUGGUAUACAUUUUACAUGUCUCUGGGACUGUCCUGGAGGGAUGAACACAAUUUUUUCAAAAUAUAUUCCUUCAGUUUUAAGGAUGGGGAGAACAGCUCUCCAUAACACGUCAAUGCAAAAUGUGUUUAAAUGGGUACAGAACUGGCGAUUGUGAAGGCUAGAGCAGGAAAAUACAGUAUAUGGAGAUCACUUUUAUUUUUGCACAAAAUAAGAAUUUUGUCUGUGCAUGAAAAUGGCUAUAUAUGAUGUGCUAUCUGUAAGCCGUCAUGUCUUGCACGUCUACUUCUUGCCACAUAAUGGAGGAUAAGACAGAUGCAAUUGCAGAUAAGAGCUUUAAUGAAGAUUAUUAUAUCCAGAUGGCAAGGCAAAAGAUAAACAAAGACAGGCAGUGGUCAGGCAUACAGGCUGAAGCAGGUAAGGCAGAAAUCAAGGUCAAAGGAGUAAACAAAGUCAAAAAGCAGUCUAACAAACACUAGCUUAAUGCUUGGUACAUGCAGAGAAAAGAUCAACUUAGCAUAUCCCAUUGCGAAAACGUUGUGUAUGAGAGUCUCUUUUAUGUUGUGUGGUGUGAUUGUGAGUGUAAUUGGGAACAGGAGUCUAAUUAAUCCUCAGUCUGUGUGUAGUUUUGGGAGUUGUAGCCGUUGACCAUGUUUGUAGUUUGUGGUGCAUUCUGGGAAAUGGAGUCAUGAGUUUGCCAUGACAUGACACUUCUAGUAAUCUGAAUUAUGAUCUUCAUAACUGCUUCCAGUCUUGCCAAGUUCUCUCUUUAAUAAGAACUUAAGUCCAACAAAUGAACACAUGAGAUGCAGUUGAUAAUUGUACCUGCUCCAUACAAAUCCUGGUACAUUUCCAUUUAAACCCUAUCGGCAUCAUGACCUAAAUAUGACAUUUUAACACCAUAGAAUGUCUUUAUUUUCUUCAGCAGAUCUUGAUGCACCUCUUAGCCAUGAUGUGUUGUGCUUGUUCAAAACCUUUCUACAACAGUCUACAUUUACUGUCUAGUAAAAUUGUUAAUGAAUGAUCUCAGUAGUGGUGUACACUUGAAAUACACAAGUUUCAGGGACCUUGUCCCCCUUGUGGCCUAAACACAUAGUGGACAGAUGCACAGAUAGCACAGUGUUUAACAUAAGAACAUUUUAUCAUGCAUGUCACACAUUAUUGUAUUAUUUUAUCAGUUUCUCACAAAAAUGUUUUUAGUUAUUCCAUUAUGUUUUUGUUAUUCCACUGGUGAACUGAUAUGAAAAUGGUGUGCAUCUCAAGCAUGUACUGAAGGCAGUACUUUAGAUCAGUGGUUCUCAAAGUGUGAUCCAGGGAUUGUAAGCAUAUCAAGGGGGUCUUUAUUGUUUUUGCAAUGGUGGAAUUCAUAACCCAUCAUUUAUUCAUCUUCAGUAACCACUGUAUUCUGAUCAGGGUCACCGUAACUCCGGAGCCUAUUGCCAUAACACUUGGUGCAAGGUGGGAGAAUUCAUCCCGGAUGGGAAGCCAGUCCAUUGCAGGGCACCAUUUACACACACAUACACACACCCUUAAGUACACCUAAUGGCAAUGGACUGUGGAAGGAAGCUGCAGAACCUGGAGAAAACCCAUGCAAACAUAUGAAGUACAAUAUGAAAUGCUGCACAGAUAGUAACCUGAGCUCGGGAUUGAACCCAGGAUACUGGAGCUGUGGGUUUAAUCCAAACUUUAAUCAUUCAAAGCCAAGUAGGCUUAUAAGUAAUAUCAAAUUGGUGGAAAAUUCAUGGAUAAAAUACAGCCACUGCAUCCGCAAAGCCACCAGUAUUGUGGACGAUCCUUCUCACCCCUCUCUUCACCCUCCUGCCAUCUGGAAGAAGGUACAUGAGCAUCUGUGCCACCACCAGCAGUCUCUGCAACAGUUUCUUCCCUGAGGCAGUCAGAUUACUCAACACUCUGCUUCCUCCCAAUACUCACCUGGGCUAGUCAAACACCUAACCCAGUAAGACUCAGUAUCACUGCACACCGCACUUUACAUAGCUGUAUCAGUCACUUUGUACAUUUCUGCUAUACUUAUUGCUGCUAAAUUACACAAUAGUUUACAGUUUACAGCCCAUGUUCUGUGUAUUUGUGUCCUGAGUAUUCACUUUUCUGUUGCUCUGUUUUGUGUAUUUAUUGUCCUGUACUUGUCUCACACUGUUGUGUAGUGCACUUUAUGAAGCCUUACGUACUGUUCUGUAUUGCACCAUGGUCCUGGAGAAAGACAUUUCCCUGGUGAAAAAACAACAACAAUAGAAACCAUCACAGAAAUUCUAAUGUUUCCACUACAAAUACCAAUACAAGCAUCAGCUAACCAUUACAGCUAUUACCAUUGCCAUUAUUGGUCCUUAAUGGUAUCUACUAGACAUAACAUGCCCCUCAAAUUGAUGCAAUCCUCGAAAAUCCACCAUCCAGUGCAUGACCCGGAAAUCGAGCGAAGUCAACCAUCCUGAAGGAAAUAUCAGUUCUCUAAUUACAUUGCAAGGAGGCAAGGAGUGAGGAAGCUUCCAGAGGAGCUAGGAGCGAGGAUACACAGGUUUAUCCUAUGCAGAAGUGUUUCUUGUCGAAAAACCUGAUGCACAUAUAAAUUCCCCUCCUCCUUCACAUCUGCCACAAUCUCAAAUA